GUCUGCAGUAAUCUUGCACCACAUCACCUCUGUAAACCAGAGAUCUGCCAUAGCAUGCUAGUUGUGGUUGCUAAAGGCUGGGAAACACAUAGAAUCUCUUGCACCAAUCUAUAGAAAAAGUGUCAUGGAGGUCUGCAUAUUCUUCCUUUGUGCUAUGGUAUUUCUCCCAGGUAUUGCUGCCAGUGUGCAUCCAGUGAAGGCAUUUCUCCAUCACACUGUACACCUAUCCUGCUAUUUUCCAAACUCUCAGAAAUUUGACGUGAAGGAUUUAAUAAUUUUUUGGCAAAAAGACAGUAAUAAAGUGCUGCAUGAAGUAUAUUAUGGCCAAGAAAAACAUGACCACCUUAGUCCUGAAUACAUAAAUCGCACCAAGGUGGACAUCGGGAAAUGGACCUUGCAGUUGUUAAAUGCAGGAGUUGAGGAUGAGGGACACUAUCAGUGUAUUAUACAAAAAAUAACUGAACAAUCAAAAGAGGUCAUACACCAAUCUGAGUGCUCACUGCACAUCAUUGCCAACUACAGUCAACCUGAGAUAGCAGAACUGCACUCCAGGGAACUAAAGCCCAAUGGAUACUUGAACCUCUCCUGUUCUUCCAGUGGAGGUUAUCCAGAGCCCAAGGAGAUGACUUGGCUAAUUUCACAUGAGAACAUAACACACAGCAGUACGGCUCACAUGGAUGUCUCACAGGAUGCUGUGACAAAGCUGUACAAUGUUACCAGCAAGCUGAAUAUCCCAGUUCCUACAAAGAGCCGCACUAAUAUCAGAUGCUUGCUUCGCCUUAGGGAGCAGCUGGGAAACCUUGUCUCAGUCCCACUGGGCAUAGAGAUACAAGAGAAAGAAAUGGAGCAAGCAAAGAUAAAUUUCUUUGGCCCACUUAUAGCUGUGGUUGUACUGAUCACUUCUGCACUUCUUCUGGGUUUUGUGAUAUUAAAGAAGAACAGCAAUAUCUUGUCUACCAACCAGAGUGUCAGUCUAGCGGUCUAGAAGCUAUCCAGCUUGAAACUGAGGCCAUCAGCCAGACUACUGACUGCGAACCAUGUCUGCACACAGCAAAGCAUGAGGUCCCAUGUUUUUAGAGGUUCUGCCAGAACAAGAAUCCUCCCCAGAAGCCCUACAGAAUAACAUGCAACACUUUUGUGUGAUGGCUGAAACCUACUGCCCAGUGUUCUCUGCUUUUAUUGUUGCUCCAGAAUGGUAGUAAAUGGUAGUAAACAUGAUGGUCUGCCUGUCUGCAUGACUACCUUUUUGUUGUAUCUUUUAUUAUGCACUGUGACAAUGUAAAAUCCUGAGAGUCAAUGGAGAAAGCAGAGCUG